AUUAGAUAAAAUAAAUACAAAAGUAUAAUACUUAAUUAUUAUUUCUAAGAGUGGAAAAGGAAAUGCUGAAAGUUAAGAAUUACCUUAAUAUCUAAGAUCUUCAUAUUCUCAAACAUAUUAAUAAUUAGAACCAACUAAAAUUAUAAAAGGAAAAAAGGUAAUCUAAUAAUAAUGAAUUUUUUAAGGUUUUUCCAUAAUUUGCUUAUGGAAAUUCACAUGAAGCUCCAACUUAUUUUAAAUUAUCGAACUCUUUAAUCUGUCGAGAAAGUUAUGACAAUCCAUACAUUAAGACUAAAGUGCCUCCUUUAAGUAGAUUAGAUUCUCUUAAAGGGAGUACUCUUAAUAAUUAUGAAUUUUAUAAUAUUUCUGAAUAGAGAUUUAUAAAUAAAAUACCUACAGGUUAUGUUACUAAUAAAAUAACAGAGUAUAAAAUUAAUUUCAACAUUAAGUACGAUUACAAAUUAAGUUAAAAUUGUACAAAAACCAUUAAAUGAUGAAAAAGACAAAAUUCUUACAUUUGAAAGUGCUUAUAAAUCUAUUUAAGAUUAAUUAUUCAAUAAAAAACGUGGUAUCAAUUACUAUUUAAUAAUCAGAGCUUUUCACUGAUUUUGUUGAGAAAAAUGAUUUACUUAAUGUAUAUGGGCCAUUAAAUAUGAGAACAAGACCAAAAGAAUUUAGAGAAGUCAAAAAUUAUGCUUUAGAUCCUAAUUAACUUAAAUUAUUGAAAGAAUAAAGAUCAAGAUAGUAAAUAACUCCAACAAAUAGAAGUGGUUUCACUGAUCUUAUUAAAACUGUACGAUUACCUACAAUAUCUAAAAUUUAAGGGUUGGAUACAGAUAAAUACUAUAACAAAGAUUAAAAUUAUCUCAAUAAAUUAACUAAUUCAAUUAUUAUAGAAAAAAUUGAUUAAAAUAUUAAACAUAAAAAUAAAACUCUUUCUAAUUUCAAUAAAAAUAAACAUUCGAUUAAACAUAAUACAGAAGAUACUGAAAAUAUGUAAGGAAUUAUUGAUAUAUUUGAGAAACAUUUAGAAUUCGAAAAAUAAUAUAAUUGUUGA